UAAAGUUGCUCUUGUGAGCCAUUUGGGUGGUAUGCUGUCAUGCGUUUGCAGGAAACUUGGUUGUCUAUACUUAUCAUGGACGCCGAGCUAUUUGGUACGGUAGAGUGACACCAUGUUACUGCAAAGAUAUUGUAGAGAAUACGCUGGAUGAUAACAAAGUAAUCGAGGACCUUGUUCGGGGCAUAUUUGAAGUUAAAUCAAAACCAAAAAUAUGCCAAGCGACCCUUGAAUGGUGAAAGAAAGAGCGUCUAUAUACCAUGUUCAGUAAUAAACACACCUUUGUCUUUGACAGCCUUAAAUUCAGGCACAAUGCGUUAUUGAUGAUACGAAAAAAGUUCUCGAACGUUUUACCGGUCACGUGCUCCUGUGUCAGUCGUUUUUAUUUAUAUACAUCUAUUCAGGUCAAUAAACUUUUAUUUCCUUUUCUCAUCCCCCCCUCCCCACUUACCGCAAAACUGUCGAAUACAACAAGAGAGAACUACGGACCAGGAGGAGUAUUUUCUAUUCCCAAAUUAAAGUCUUUGAGUAGUGCAAAAAACUGCUUUGAAUGCGGUGCACCUUUCAACUUGUUCAAGCAAAAAUAUCACUGUCGAAACUGCGGAAGUAUUGUUUGUUCCAACUGUUCUGAUCAUAGAAACACACUAAAAAAAUUUGGCUAUGAAAAUCCUGUACGAUGCUGUGAUACCUGCGAGAAAUUAAUCAAAAUGCAGAAUAUGAACUCGAGUGAAUUGUCUCAAUUAAGCCUGAAAGAAUUGAAAGAGUAUAUUUCUGCCUAUAAUUUAAACGCAAAAAAUGCUAUUGAGAAAAAUGAUUUGGUUCGCAUCAUUUUCAAUACGAAACCUAUCUCCAAUGAAAACGAGUGCUAUUUUCGAAGAAAUCGAUCUGGACGCAGUCAGCAACAGAAUCAACAAGGAAGUGGGUUUUCAUUCUCAAAUAUGGUGCAGGAUUUAUUUAGUCCUAGUGAUGAAUGGCGAAAAGAACAAGAAGAGAGAAGGUUACAGCAACAAAGACUUGAGCAAGAACAAAGGAGACAAAGAGAAGAAGAACAAAGACGAAACUACAACAUGCAACGACAACAAGAAAUAAUAGAGCGACGAAGAGAGAUACAGCGAGAACAAGAAAGAGAAUUAGAGAGAGAACGAGAAUUGGAAAAAGAGCGACGAAAAGAACUGCAAAAGAAACAACAAAAAGAUGAGAAGCUGUUGUCCUUACAAGAUAUGAUAAAAGCCAAUAUUGAUCCAGCUUCUUUAUCAGUAAAGACACUCAAAACAAUACUUAAAUCAAAUUUCGUUGAACAAUCACAUGUCAUUGAAAAAUCAGAACUAGUCAAGUUAGUCGUGCGACUAGCAAAUCAAUACAAGGCAGAGAAUAAUAGCGAUGCAGGGCAUAAUGAUGAAGAAAAUUUAUGUCGAAUAUGUUGUGAUGCUCAACAAAACUGUGUAUUUUUAGACUGUGGACAUAUGGUUACUUGUAUGGACUGCGCCAAAAAGCUGCUAGAAUCAAGAAAUGAAUGCCCAAUUUGCCGCGAGCCUAUCCUUAAGCUAGUUCAUGUCUUUCGUUCCUAAUAUUCCAGAAUUAUUCCCCCUCCCCUUCUUAUACUUACCUUGUACAAUAAAGUCUGCAUAUAUAUAUAUAUAUAUAUCUUUGGAAAUCAAGCCAUUGGUAAGGUUAAAUGCUUUAUGGAUCAUCUUUGCAAAAAGAUAAAUGUUAAAUAAAACCUUACUAAUAAAAAAAAAGGGAAAGUUUGCCUCGUUUCGCAAUACUCUUCGUUUUGCUUAUUGUUACCGUAAAUUCUUUCUUCUUCUUUGCAUAAUUCUAAGACUUGAAAUUUGAUUUUAACUUUGUAAACCUUCUUUUACUUUACC